UUGUUCAGUCUCUCUCUCUCUCUCUCCUCUGUCUCUCUGAAGUGAGGAUCUUUGUUUGGUUCUGUAAUCAUAAUUAUAUAUAACAAAACAUGAAAAUGUAUUCUCUUCUCUCUGUUCUCUAAAUCCAUUUCUCCCUGAAACUAUGAGCUUUGCUCUCUCUCUCUGUCUCUAAGACACUCACUCACACUCAAAAUCACUUCUUCUUUUUUUUUUUCUCACAAAUCUAAGAUGGGUUUUGUCACAGUAUCUCUAACUCAAAGACCAAAUCUUUAAUCAGUGUUUACAUGGCGAAAAGAUCAAAACUUUUAAUUUCAAUCACUCUGUUUCGCAUAUGUUCUGUGAAGAAGAACAAGACUGUGUGAUUGAUUGAUUUACUUCUUCCUCGAUGGCGUUAUGGUUCGUGUCACUUCUUCUGAUCAUUGGGUUCUUAUCAAAAUCUGAUCUUGGCUCAGCUCAGCUAAGCGAUGAAGCUACAUUGGUAGCUAUAAACAGAGAGCUUAAAGUUCCAGGAUGGAGUAGCAACGGCAUAGAGUAUUGUAAUUGGGUUAGGCUCAAGUGUGGUGCCAACAACACGUUCGUUGAAAUGCUUGAUCUCUCUGGGCUUAAUCUUAAAGGUAAUGUCACUCUAAUCUCUGACCUCAGAAGGUUAAAGCAUCUAGAUCUUUCCGGUAACAGCUUCAAUGGACCAGUUCCUGCUUCCUUUAGCAACUUGUCUGAGCUUGAGUUUCUUGAUUUGUCUUUAAACCGUUUUGUUGGUGGGAUUCCAGUUGAGUUUGGUAAGCUUAGAGGUCUUAGAUCACUCAACGUUUCUAAUAACUUGCUUGUGGGAGAGAUACCUGAUGAGCUUAUGGUUCUAGAGAGGUUAGAGGAGUUUCAAGUGUCUGGAAACGGGUUAAAUGGUUCUAUACCUAACUGGGUAGGGAAUCUGAGUAAUCUCAGGGUGUUUACAGCUUAUGAGAAUGAGUUGGUAGGUGAGAUACCAAAAGGGUUAGGUUUGGUUUCUGAGUUGGAGUUGUUGAAUCUUCACUCAAACCAGCUUGAAGGGGAGAUUCCAAAGGGGGUAUUUGAGAAAGGGAAGCUGAAAGUUUUGGUCUUGACACAGAAUAGAUUGACCGGUGAGCUCCCUGAAGAGGUGGGAACUUGCAGUGGCCUCUCUAGCAUAAGGAUUGGGAAUAAUGAGCUUGUAGGAGUCAUUCCGAGGACUAUUGGUAACGUGAGUGGACUUACUUACUUUGAAGCAGACAAUAACAGUCUCUCAGGUGAGAUUGUUGCAGAGUUCUCAAAGUGUUCUAACCUCACUCUGCUGAAUUUAGCAGCUAAUGGGUUUGCUGGAACCAUUCCAACAGAGUUUGGUCAGCUCAUGAAUCUUCAAGAGCUGAUUCUCUCCGGUAAUAGCCUUUUUGGUGAAGUCCCUAAAUCGUUUCUUGGAUUAGGAAACCUCAACAAGCUUGAUUUGAGUAACAACAGACUCAACGGCACCAUCCCUAAGGAACUCUGCAGCAUGCCAAGGCUUCAGUAUCUGCUCCUUGAUCAGAAUUCUAUAAGAGGAGACAUCCCACAUGAGAUUGGAAACUGUGUGAAGCUGCUUCAGCUCCAGUUGGGUCGAAACUACUUGACUGGAACCAUACCUCCUGAGAUUGGUCACAUGAAGAAUCUGCAGAUAGCACUUAACUUGAGUUUCAACCAUCUUCACGGAGCACUGCCUUCAGAGUUAGGAAGACUGGACAAGCUCGUGUCAUUGGAUGUGUCUAACAAUAUGCUUACAGGAUCCAUACCACAACAACUAAAAGGUAUGAUGAGUUUGUUUGAGGUUAAUUUCUCAAACAACCUCUUGAGUGGUCCAGUUCCAGUCUUUGUACCCUUUCAAAAGUCUCCAAACUCGAGCUUCUCGGGAAACAAGGAGCUUUGUGGAGCGCCAUUGAGCUCUUCUUGUGGAUAUUCUGAUGAUAUUGAACAUUUGAGGUACAACCACAGAGUCUCCUACAGGAUUGUGCUUGCAGUGAUUGGUUCAGGUGUUGCUGUCUUUGUAUCAGUCACUGUGGUGGUUCUUCUCUUUAUGAUGAGGGAGAAACAAGAGAAAGCAGCAGCUAAAAACGUCGAUGUUGAAGAAAACAUCGAGGAUGAGCAGCCAGAGAUUAUAGCUGGGAAUGUCUUUCUUGAGAAUCUAAAACAAGGGAUUGAUCUUGACGCAGUUGUGAAGGAAACUAUGAAGGAGUCAAAUAAACUCAGCACAGGAACUUUCAGUUCGGUUUAUAAAGCCGUUAUGCCUUCAGGAAUGAUCGUCUCAGUGAAGAAACUCAAGUCUAUGGAUAGAGCCAUAACUCAGCAUCAGAACAAGAUAAUCAGAGAACUUGAGAGACUCAGCAAGCUUUGUCAUGACCAUUUGGUUACACCCAUUGGGUUCAUUAUAUAUGAAGAUGUUGCUCUCUUGUUGCAUCAGCAUUUACCUAAUGGUAACUUAUCUCAGCUGAUUCAUGAGUCUUCUAAAAAACCAGAGUACCAACCUGACUGGCCAAUGAGACUGUCAAUAGCUGUUGGAGUAGCAGAAGGUUUAGCGUUUCUCCACCAUGUCGCCAUUAUUCACCUUGAUGUUUCUUCUAGCAAUGUCUUGCUAGACUCUGGUUACAAACCUGUGCUUGGGGAAAUCGAAAUAUCGAAACUUUUGGAUCCAUCCAGAGGCACUGCAAGUAUUAGCUCAGUUGCUGGCUCCUUUGGCUACAUUCCUCCAGAGUAUGCAUACACAAUGCAAGUGACUGCACCAGGGAAUGUAUACAGCUACGGAGUCGUGUUGCUUGAGAUUCUAACCUCAAGAGCGCCGGUGGAGGAAGAGUUUGGUGAAGGAGUAGAUUUGGUGAAAUGGGUCCAUGGAGCUUCAGCGAGAGGAGAAACACCGGAACAGAUACUUGAUGCUAAGCUUAGCACUGUGUCUUUUGCUUGGAGGAGAGAGAUGCUUGCAGCUCUGAAAGUUGCAUUGCUUUGCACAGAUAUCACACCUGCAAAAAGGCCAAAGAUGAAGAAAGUAGUUGAAUUGCUUCAAGAGGUUAAACAAAUCAAAUGA